AUGUCACACUCUUCUUUAGCGCGUCGUGUGGUGGCUAUCCAGCUUGAGCUUGUUGCCAACAACAUUCGCAACUUACUGGCAUUAGAACAGCUACACGAGCAGGACGUACCCAACGAGGUGGCUCAAGUUGGCACUGAAGACAAAAGUCUGGAUCCCAAUAACAACGCCCCAGCGGACGCACAAGCCGUCCAAGAAACCACCGAGUCUUCCAGUGAAACUCACAGUACCAGUCCGGCCCCUCUAUCUGACAUCGGUGUUUCAGAGUCAUCGUCUAGCGAUACAGUCUCUUCAUAUGGAAGCGAUGACAGCACGUUUCCUUUCGGUAGCAACGCUGACAGAACCGAGCACGAUUGGGGAGCAUCAGACACCUUUGAUGAUAGCGCUACUCCAGCUGCUUCUCAUGGCACACCGGAUGAUGACGACCUUGAGUUCCACCCUAUCAGCGACGAGUGGGAUCCUCCGCCUACAAGCCAUCCUAGCCAAGACCCGGCGUCCGAUCAGCUUGGCCAGCAGUCAGGUCCCGAGGCCAGUGUCGAGCCCGAACUCGACGUCCUAUUCCCUGGUGCUUUCGAUCACUUCGACACGACGGACACCACUGCUCUCCGCGCAGACCCGCGCCUGAUUGAAUGCUUGGACGCAGCUAAGCACUGCUCCGAGUGGGUCUGGAUCUGGGACGAAGCGAGGGUGCGCGCGACUGUGGCCCCUUACCAAGCACACGUGAACCAGGUAAAUAAGGAGUGGGAGAAUGGAAAGAAGCCUGAGUUCGAGGAUCUAAUGUGGCGCUGGGAGCAGAGACGCAUGAUCACCAGAGAGACCGCAUACCACAAGGAGUCGGAGCGCCCCGAGGCCUAUGUUCCCUCGAGACUGUGGUUCAUGCACCUGCCACCGUACUAG